AGCAGACAGCAGUGGAGCUUUGUAGAGGAAGCCUGAAGAGACUGCAUUUGGACUUUUUAUAUGAUAUUUAUUAGUAGUUAGUUUCCAUAGAGUGUCAUUCACAUAUCUUACAAGUGAAAACAAUUUUUUUGCGGAGCUGUCGAUCCACAGUUAGUUUCUCAUUAGUGGCGGCGGAAAGUGCCCGAGUACUGGAAUCUCUGAUAUUGUGACUGUUGCUUCGUUUGUCAACCAACAACCGUCAAAAUGGUGGAAGGAGGCAUGAAAUGUGUCAAACUGCUUCUGUUUGCGUUUAAUUUUAUAUUCGUGGUGGUAGGAUGUGUGCUGAUCGGAGUAGGAGCAUAUAUUCAAUUAAAAUUCAAGGAUUACUUAAAUUUUGUAGAAGGACAGUUUAGUUCAGCAGCAGCACUGCUCAUUGCUGUUGGUGUCAUUAUCUUCUUCAUUGCUGCUUUUGGCUGCUGUGGAGCAUGGAAGGAAAAUUACGUCUGUGUUAUGAUCUUUUCUGUGUUGUUGGGCAUUGUCUUCAUCCUGGAGAUUGCAGGAGGAAUCGCAGGCUACGUUCUCCAUGACAAAGUGGAAGAUGGUGUCAAAACACUGAUGGAAGACUCCAUGAAACGUUACAAAGCUGACCCCACAAUCUGGGAUUUGGUCCAGAAAGACUUCAAAUGCUGUGGUACAAACAAUGCAACAGAUUGGGUAGCUGCAAACAACGGUACCUAUCCAAAAUCCUGCUGUAAACCAAAUACGAGUGCCACCUGUGAUGGAACAGGUGUAGAUAUUUACACUGAGGGAUGUCUGGAUGCUUUUGUUACCUGGGUGAAGGACAAGAUCUUCAUUGUUGGUGGUGUUGGAAUUGGUCUGGCAUUCGUACAGAUUGUUGGCAUCCUGUUUGCCUGUUGCUUCGGUCGGGCCCUGAAGAAGGAGUAUGAAGUGGUGUAAAACCACUGUCAGGAGUGUGCAAGACUUGACAAAUAAGGGAUUUGGUUACCAUCUGCUGCCCAAAGAUGAAACUUCUGGAAGCAUUCGUUAUCAACAAAAGCUUUCCAAUUUCUGCUGAAAAGUUAAAAAUUACAUGUUCUGUGAUGGGCAAUAACAAGUUUUCCAUCAUGUAUUUCAUGAAAUGCAUGACAUUUUUUUUAUUCAUCUUCUCACCCGUCAUUUCUUUAAUCAUGUGAAAAGGGACAUUUUGAUAUCAAAGAGUAUUAUGGUGCAUAACAUUUGAAGAAAUUUAUUUUUUCCAAAUAUAUUUUGAAUUGAUAAUUGGAAUUUGAUACAUACCCAGGUAUGUCCAACACAAAUAUAUUUCCAACUUUUGUCGUAACAUAAUCAUUGAACAGACAAUCACUGGCAUAGCACCAUUUUAGGGAAAUUGAUGCUAGUAGAAUACUUGAGAAAAUAGGGAAUCCAAGCUGAGAUAUAGAGAAAUUUAUUUUCUGUUAAAAAAACUGUUCUUUGUUGUAGUCUAUCUGAAGUUUUGAGAUUUGACCUUUUUGAAGGUCAGGAUUGGUAUAUCAGAGGUUGAGGGAUACUAUUUACUACAAUUUACUAACAAUCGCAUACUAUUACACUGCAUAUGUAGCUGUAGACUGUAACACAUAGAUAAAGGACAUAGUAUAUGAUGACCAGGGUAGUGACCUCAAAAUUUUAUUAUUAACGUCAAAAUGUAAAAUAGCCAUUUCAAUACCGAAAGCUAGAAAUGGACAGAUCAAGGUUGAAUAAUCAAAAAUACCAAUUUGAAGGUUGAAAUGUUGUAAAUUGUAUUUACACAGUGACACAAGUGAAAAUUAUAGGUCAAGGUUGAUCAAUUGAAAGACAUUUACGCAUUGACCAAGGUCAAAUUGACAUUCAAAGUUGAUUGGUCAUGUGAUCAAUAGUUGUUAAAAGAUGAUGAAACCAGUCAUCUUUCAGCUGCUUAGAGGGCCCAAUUAUCUGUUAUCAUUCUUAUUUUUUUUGUAAUUUGCUAUAUUUUCUGUUUGUAAAAGCAAUUAAAAUGCUUAAAAUUUCA